AUGAGUUCAUCAAUCGAUGAUAAAGACAUUACACGAGAACUGUGGCAAUCACGUUUACCAAUAUGUUUCGUCUUGUCCGAUGAAGACAUCAGCAAAGUCAAUCGAUCCGAACUGCCUGAACCGUUAUAUCUUAUGCUCGCACGUCACAUAUAUUUCCCAUGUAUUAUUGACAAGAUUCAUCGAUAUUAUUCUAUCUAUUUCAAAGAAAAUCUUAACGAUCCAACAAAUAAUGUUAACCUAACUAAUUUAUGGCUCGAAUACGAAAGUAUUCCAUUGAAAUGGCAUUAUCCUAUUGGUGUCCUGUAUGAUCUCUAUGCGUCAUCCAUGGCAUCAUCGUCAGCACGUUUGCCAUGGCAAAUAACAGUACAUCUAAGUAAGUUUCCUGAAGGUGAACUCAUACGUUUUGCUGACAAAGAAGCAAUCAAAGCACAUUAUAUGUCAACGCUGAAAGAGGCAGAUGCUUUGAAACACAAAGGUCAAAUCAUAGGUGAUAUGCAAGAACGUGAUCACAAACAAUUAUGGAAUUCUUUAUUACAAGAUAAAUAUGAGAGCUUCUGGAAUAUCAAUAACAAACUCAUGGCUUUCACGGACAAUUUGCAAUACUUUCGUUAUAUUCCAUUCCGCAUUUAUAUCUUAGACAAACCGUUUAUUCAGAAAUUAUUUUCGCCCUACGAUGUCGAUGAAGGCAAAGGAUUAACAUUGAAUGAUUUACUUCAGUUUGCUUUGAAUCAUGAAGCACAAUGUGAAUUAAUCGCGAACGAGAAACGAAUUUUGAACACGAACAUUGAUGAUUAUCAAAUUGUUACUCAUGGCGUUCAACCACCACUUCAUACACCAUUACAAUGGUUAAGCGAGCACUUUUCGUAUCCGGAUAAUUUUCUUCAUAUCUGUCUCAUUGAAAAACGUACAUAA